GCGAGCACGGCCACCCAGGAGUGCGAUUGAGAGAAGGGCGACAUAGUGUAGCGAGCCGGGGGAGGAGACUGCCUGAGGACACGAACGUCGAGGGGUGAGGGGCCUAUACAUGCGCAGGAUACGUGCAUGUGCGCUGGUGUGUUUGAGUGUGUGAGUACGAGGUCGACGGCAUACAUGCAUGUGUGCUGGUGUGUGUGAGGGUGUGAGUAUGAGUGGUUGGUGGCAUAUGUGCAUGUACGAGAUCGAUAGUGUUGACGACCUGGUUGGUGCGAUGCAUGGGUGAGGUGGCAGACGUGCAGGGCCGUUCGCAGGUGGGUGGUAUGCGUGCACAGGAUACGUGCAUGUGCGCUGGUGUGUGUGCGGGUGUAAGUAGGAGGUUGAUGGCAUACCUGGAUGUGCGCCGGUGUGUGCACGGGUCGGAGGAUCGCGCACGAGUUCACGAGGUUGACGAAAGCGGGUUGGAAAAGGUGGGACAGAUCGCGUGUUGCUUCAAAGAAAGUUUGAGGCGGCCAACGAAGGAGAUCUACCGGAGGGGCGAGAGGAAGAAAUGCAGCAGUUCACGAGGGUGAUGAAAGCGGGUUGGAGGUGUGAGAGACCGUGUCGCGAUGGCCAAUCAAGGUGAGUGUUUUUUUUUUAAAAAGAGAUGGAAGGAGGGGGAGAAGUGGAAGGGCAGGAAGAGCAGCUUGGAGAUGGAGGGAGGGGGAGAAGUGGGAUGACCAUACACGAAGAAGAGCAGCGAGCAGAUGGACGGAGGGAGAGGAUGGGGGGAGGGGGAGUAGCAGGAGGGGGGAAACAGUGGGGAGAUGGAGGGAGGGGGAGAUGCAGGAGGGAUUCUCAGAGUAGGAACAACAGCGAGGAAAUGAAGUGAGGGGUUGGAGCGGGAGAGCAGGAUGCGAAGAUGAAGGACAGGAAGAGGAGCGAGGUGAUCGACGGAGGGGGAGAGGCGAAAGGGCAGUAUGUGAAGACGAAGGGCAGGAACAGCAGCUCAGAGAUGGAGGGAGGGGGAGGAGUAGGAGGGAAGGAUGUGAAGACGAAGUGCAGGAAGAGCAGCGAGGAAAUGGAGGGAGGGGGAGGAGCAGGAAGGCAGGAUGCAAAGACGAAGGGCGCGAAGGGCAGGAAGAGCAGCGAGCAGAUGGAGGGAGGGCGAGGAGCAGUAGAGAAGCGGGAGGGCAGGAUGCGAAGGAGACAGGAUGUGAAGAUGAAGAGCGGGAAUAGAAGCGAGGAGAUGGAGGGAGGACAGGAUGCGAAGAGCAGUGAGGAGAUGGAACGAGGGGGAGAAGCCGAAGGACCGGAUGAGAAGACGGAGACAGGAUGUGAAGACGAAGAGCAGGAAGAGCAACGAGCAGAUGGAGGGAGGGGGAGAAGAGGGAGGGCAGGAUUCAAAGACGAAGAGCAGGAAGAGCAGCGAGGAAAUGGAGGGAGCGGGAGAGGCAGAAGGGCAGAACGCGAAGACGAAGAGAUGAAGGGAGGGGGAAAGUGGGAGGGCAGAAUUCGAAGACGAAGAGCAGGAAGGGCAGCGAUGGAUCCAGUGAGCAUGAAGGGACAAGGAGGAAGGAAGGAGGAGGCCUUUCCUCCACUUUGAUUUGUCCCCUCCCUCUCUCUCGCUAUCUCUCUCUCUUUCUGUGUCUGUAGAUAAGGUGUACAACAUUUUUUGAGAGGCUUUUAAACUUGUUAAUGUUUGGGUGGUCUAAAUCACCAUUUGCGGAUUUGGUGCUCCUCGGCGAUAACCAUACUACACCACACCUCCAAGCUCAAGACGCUCCUCGGCGACAAACCAAGCCAACUCAACUGCCGCGACAAUCGACAUCACGCAGCAGUUGGAGCAGCAAAGCCCGACUCGACCACCAGACUAUCAGACGAAGGGCAUCUGUCGCGCAAAGCUGCCACUCGCUAAAUUUGUACACAGAUUAGAUAUACUUUUGUUCUUGAUGACUUAAUUUGAUUGAUUUCCGCUCUCUUACAUAUCUAUUUUUUCCUUAUUUCCAAGUUCAAACUUGAACGCUCUUCAAUCCUUUAGCUCGUUUGAUCAAUCUUGGGAUAAUCAUACAUUUUGUUGUCUCGGAUGACAACGUCGCUCGGAAUUUGAUUACAUGUUCCUCUCCGAGUCUCAAUACAUUCUUGCAUUCUUCCUUUUUGUUCGCCCUCGCCCCUCUCCCGCUGUCGCAGUGUCGGCGAG